AUGCUUUCUGCAAACGAUAAAUCCUCGACGACGUCGAAUGGACUCACUCCCAGCAUAUUCGGGUACCCCAAAGAAAACCCACUCCGUGGCCCAAAGACAUACUAUCGCAUGGAUUCAAACGACCGCUCUGAUAUGGAUUCCGUAAAGUCGCUGCAGCAUAUCUGGAUUGUGACGGGGCCGGCUGGUUCGGGCAAAACGACCGUUGCGAAGAACCUCCAAGCGGAGAUGGGCUUGCCCUUCUUAGAAGGGGAUGAUUUUCAUCCUCCGUCCAACAAAGAGAAAAUGUCUAAUGGCAUCCCCUUGACGGAUGCAGAUCGCUGGGACUGGUUGAUAUCCCUGCGUGAUGCCGCCGUCGACAUCCUCUCGACACCAGCACCAACAGUAGCAGCCGCAGCAUCCGGGUCCGAUGGCAUCAGCAAUAACGAGUCUCAACAGCCUCCUUCUGGAGUGAUCGUGUCAUGCUCAGCCCUGAAACUCAAGUACCGUGACGUCAUCCGCGUUGCUGCAUAUGACCACCCGUCGGUUCGCAUUCAUUUCAUCUACCUCAAGGCCGACGAGAAGACACUCCUGGAACGAGUAGAUGGCCGCGAGAGCCACUAUAUGAAGGGAAACAUGGUGCACUCGCAGUUCGAGGCUCUUGAGGACCCUUCUGAUGAGAAGGAUGUCCUCGCCGUGGACGUCUCGGUCUCCCCAGAAGAAGUCCGGAGGAGCGUCUCAGAGGCAGUUGCAUCGAAGCUUGCCGAAUACAAUUGA